ACAACAGAAAUCCUCCGUGUGUGUCGUUUUCCUCUCAAAUGUGACUGACUGCACAUUUAUUUCAUCAUGUCGCUGGACUUUUACUACGGAAGCUUCUAACUGGGUGGUUCUUUAUUCUGUCCAUAUAUUCGCCUAAAGCAGCGAGUGGCCAGUCAAGCCCCCGACUGCUGCUCGGACUGGUGAGGCGUGUUUAAUGCGGUGUUUAGGUCUGUGUGAGUGAAGCCUUUGGGUUGAACUCUGUAAUUUCACAUGGAUUGGAGGCAAACCUUCUAGACAAACGUGUCAUGAGUGCACACAGAUGGACACGUUUGUGUGUGCGAAGCUUUCUCUCAAACAGCGUUACAGCCUCCUUGGCACCAUUUGCUCGAAAACGGGUUUCAGAAAUCGGACGGUUCGACCUGACGCGAAGGUGCUGUUAUAAAGGAUGCAGAGGAGAAGACCUGCUGAGGAAUGAAGCAGUCCAGAGACACCUGCAGCGACUGCUGGGCGAGUACAGGUCUGUUUCGAGCAGCUUACAGAGCGAAGCUGUGAGCGAUUCUGAAAGAAGGCUGCUAAACCGAAGACUGGUCGAGCUGUCGUCGGUGGCAGACACGUUUCAGAGCUGUGAGAGGGCGCUGAAGGAGCUGGCAGAGGUGGAGGCUCAUCUGCAGAGUACCACAGAUGGAGAAACUGAAGACAGGCAGAUGAUGGAGCUCUUAAGAGACGAACAACAUGAAAUUGAGAAGAGAAUAAAGAAGUUAAAUAGAAAAUUGGUGCAGACACUGGUGCCAAGUGAUGCGCAAGAUGACAGUAGUGUAAUUCUAGAGGUUGCAGCAGGGAGAACUACCGGAGGGGACAUUUGUCAGCAGUUCACGCGGGAGAUAUUUGAUAUGUACCAGGGCUUUGCCAGCUAUAAAGAUUGGGACUUUGAAGUCUUCAGUUAUGCUUCGUCUGAUUAUGGAGGUCUUCACCAUGCAGCAGUGAGGAUUACAGGAGAGGAUGUGUAUCGCUGGUUGAAGUUUGAGGGUGGAACGCACAGGGUCCAAAGGAUACCGGAGGUGGGACUGUCAUCCCGCAUGCAGCGUAUCCAUACUGGAACCAUGACUGUUAUAGUUCUGCCUGACCCUAGUGAUGUCGACAUAGCCAUCGAUCCUAAAGACCUGCGAAUAGACACAUUUAGAUCAAGAGGAGCCGGUGGCCAGAGUGUCAACACUACAGACAGUGCUGUCAGGAUAGUUCACCUCCCCACAGGCACUGUAGCAGAAUGCCAGCAGUCCCGCUCUCAGCUACAGAACCGCGACGCAGCAAUGCGUGUCCUCAAAGCACGGCUUUAUCAAAACACCUUGGGCCGGCAGGUGGAAGAGAGACACACAGCACGUAAACAGCAGGUGGGAACUCGAUCACAGUCGGAAAGAAUACGGACUUAUCAUUUCAGCCAGGACAGAGUGACAGACCACCGGAUUGGCUAUGUUACCCGUGACAUAAAGGAGUUUAUGAGUGGUGGUGAGCUGCUGGAGGACCUGGUAUUGGAGCUGCAGGAGCAUGCAGAGACAGAGGCCCUUCUGGAGUUGGUGAAGAACACCACAGAGUCGGAUAAUGCAGAUGGCGGUCAUGCAUAGUCGCAAGAUACUCUUUGUUUCAGGACUUCAAUUGUAGGGAAUUCUUUUUCUCUCUAUUAUGUGGAGACAUGGAGUUUAAUGACACACCUUUUUUGCACAUUUGUGAUCGCAUUGCACUGAUCCUGACUCUCUGGCACUGUGACUGAUAUCUCACCUGGGUCUCCCACUCAGAAGCUGACAACUGUUGCACAUUGCAAGUCUGUCAAAACAUCCAUUUAUGUGUAAGAGUAAGCAAGUACUAUUUUUGUCCAUAAAUUGCCUACGCUUUAAGAUUUGGUGGUGAACGUUGGACAAACAGCUGAAAACAUAUGUUCUGUUUCUGUUCAAAUAAAGGAUUUGUAACAUGAGUA